AGAGGAGACUUUGCCGCCAACUGGCAUUCCCGUAAUUAAGAGUCGAACUCAAGGUCGAUUGCGUGAUAAGUCCAACUAGAGCAGGCUAGGUGGAAGUGGAACGGGAUGGGCACUACAACUAGUUGCAGAGCUCUCAGAGAGGGGGAGAGAAGGAGAGACGAGGAGGAGGAGGAGGAGGAGAAAGGGAGAAAAAUAUUGAGAGAAAUUGAGUAACAGAGGGCUUAGGAGAGAAGGAUCGAGGUAUCUAAUGGCGGUGUUGAGAUUCGUUUCGGUGCGUUGAGUUCCAGAGAUUCCAUUAUUAUUUAUCGCCGCCCCUCGGAAAAGGGGCGGACCUUCGCUCUCUUCCCAUUGGCGAGAAGGGAGGAGUGCAGAAGGAAACGAUCGAAAGGGUCCGAAUCUUGCUGGGGGGGGGUUUUCGUUCUCCGUGCCUCGGAGGACGAAGAAGAACGUGCUAGACCCGGGAGAGUCUCUGAAAGCGGUGAUUUUUGUUGGUUUAUUGUCGAGAUAUUUUUGUUUUGGUUUGGUUCUUGGGGGUGCGUUUCUUGGGGUUUGGGUGGUGGGAGGAUUGUUUGAAGUGGGUUCUUGAGAUUGGUGGGUGAAAGGGUUUCGGUAUGCAUCUUUAAAGAAUCAUAUAAGGUUUUUUUUAUUAUUGUUAUUAUUUCCAUUUUUGGCUUCGUUGUGAUUUUGGGGUCGUCUGGGGUGCGGUGGAAUAGGAAUUUUAGAUGGUCUUGGGGAUUUGUAGAAGGGUGAGUCCUAGGGCAUGGUCCAAUGAUUUCUAUGCGAUCUGAUUGGACUUUGGAACGUGAGAUCGUGUUCUGAUGAAUCAUGUGUUCUUGAGCUGAAAUUUUGUAAUUUUUGGCUACACGCAGAACAGGGAAAAAGAGGACUUGCUUUUGUUGCAGAGGGGAGGGUGCUGGAAUCGUUGCAGGUUGAUAUCUUUGAUUUUUGGAUGCUGUGGAGCUUCCUAGGUGGUCAAAGAAUGGUUGCCUAAGAAGUUAUCCAUAAAUAUUCAUCGAAUUCGUGUUCUUUCUGAGGGAAUUCUGAGAGGAAUCUUGGUCUGCUAAAAGAUUUUUGAGGUUGUCUAGUAGUGAAAAUAGUCUAAUCGUAGCUUAAGGGCGCAAACUGUUCCAUAAAGGAAAGGAGCAGCAAUUGGUUGAGGUUUCUUAGGGCAAAUCAUAGUGUAAUCUGGAAAGUGCGAAGUAAGUUAGUGGUUUUAGGAUAUAAAUGGCAGCUGAUUCGAAUAUGGGCUUUCAUCAAGGAACCAUUCCAUCCUCCUUUUGCAAUCGACACAUGCUUUCUUUCCAGUCAGGGGCAAGAAAUAGCACCACUGGGAUGAUUUCUGGGGACGUGAGCAGUUCAGGCAUGAGCAGCAGCACCCGUGGGUUGUUGCUCUCUGGUAGCCCCACAAUGAUUAACAAUAUGCCUGCAAUAAGUGCAGCUGGGAGCUCUUCAAGCAAUGUUCGUCAUGAUCAUGUCCACACGUUUAAGCCUGGUACUGUGUCAGGUUCAGAUUGGUCUGCUCAAGAAGUGGCUAAAUUGAAUGAAGGUCUUAUUAAAUAUGCUCAUGAACCAAAUUUUAUGAAGUAUAUAAAGAUAGCAGCUAUGCUCCCAGAGAAGACUAUAAGGGAUGUUGCGAUGAGGUGCCGCUGGAUGAGUAAUAAGGUAAAUGGUAAACGACGGAAGCCUGAAGAACAUUAUGCAGGAAAGAAAAUAAAGGACACUAAGGAAAAAAUGGUGGCUUCUUCCUCAACAGCAAAUGUUCGUAUGGUUCCAUCAGACAACAUGUCCCCCUAUUCACUUAUGAUGCAUCAUAAUGUGAACCACCAUGAUCAUUUUUCCCAUGGAGGCCCCACUUUAGAUGGUGCAAUUCAGCAUCUUCUGGAUGAAAAUGUUCAAAUGUUAAGCCAGAUUUCAGCAAAUCUUGCAACAUUCAAGAUACGAGAGAACAUCGAGUUAUUUCUUCGUGCAAGAAACAACUUCACAUCUAUUUUGCGUAGAAUGAGCGAGUGGCCUCCAACAAUGAAUCAGGUUCCUGGGAUAAUGAGUCCAUUGCCUCAUUUGUCAGUGUUGAUCAAUGAGGAACUCCUCAAAUCUGUUGUCUCGUUUAAUGGGAAGUAACGCCAACAGAUCUCACCCUGUCACAUAUUUCGUAGAAGACCAACACUGAUAGUUUGGCAAGAAUGCAGAUCUGUCUUGUGAUUUCAACCUUCAUGAGAUAAUUCCUGAAAAUUUACUUUCUGAGUGGCUGGCCAUUUCCAGUAAUCAGAGCUUGGUUGCAGAGUGCUAUAGAUGUGCUCUCAUCCCAUUUUACUUCUUGGCCUACUAUGUUCCCCGGCUUUUGUUUAGGUGGUGUAGUUUUGAGCAAACAAUGAUGAAAAUCACCAUCAUGUCACUCGAUAAAUGAAACAAGGGGAGAGGAUAAAGGCCUCAGGAUGGCCACUCCCAACUAAAAUCCUGAUGUCCUUGUUCCUAUGUUGUUAAUACCUAUAAGAAUACAUUUAAUUUGAUGCCCAUUUGUAUCAUUACCAUACUUAAAACCUAUCCAUUUCCUCUUUCCUACCAUGCAGAGCUUUAACAAUUCCAACUUAUGAUUAUGAUCAAAGUGCUACUCAAUUGCCCUCUCAAUUUAGGGGAAUGCUGUUGAUUUUUGGGUUAACCAGCUAUGUUAGUGUGGCAUUCAAGGGUAUGCUACCAUGUCUGUCCAUAAAUGUUGAAAGUUUGAUGUGGAUUUAUGGCAGGGUGGUGAAAUCAAACGGGGUUUCAUUCUAUUACUGCCCCAUUAUUUUCGUGCAUCAGCAUUAAAAUUCGGAUGCGGCUUUAUGGUGGAUAAUGUAAUUCUUGCUUAAGUAAUACAGCGAGUGUGGUGAUUAAAUGUUAUAAAUUCAUUUAUUAGCUAGAAUUUCUUGUUAGUUAUCCAACCAGGCAAUGGAAUGGGAAAUCAAAUUUGUUUCCAGUUGUAUUUCCAAGAGUCAAAUGCUGGUCAUGACUGCCCUUCUUGGUCUUUUACUUAUUUAUUUAUUUGUUAUCUAUUUAUUUUGCUUAAUUGUAUAGCAAGGCUCUCACGUUGCUUUCUUCGCCCUUUUUCCAAAUGAGGAAUUUUAUUUUAUUUUAUUUUUUGCAGCGUGUGUGUGGAGGGUGGGAUGUGGGGCUAGUUCGGGUGUUUGGAUAAGCUUUAAAAGUAGGGCGUUCUUUUAUUUUAGAGAGAGUGCGAACAUCA